GCGCAGGCCUCCGGCCCAGGCCCACCUGAUGCUGCCCCGCCGCCGCCUGGCCUCCCGGUGGGUGGGGCCGGGCCUCCCACCUGGGCCGAGCCCUCCGCCGGUCCCACCCUCCGGGGUGCCCGAAUCGCCGAGACGGCUCGCCCCAGCCCGCACCCCCCCCAGCUCUGCCCUCGGGAGGCCCGCCUGCCCUGGUCCUCCUCCCGCAGCUCUAGGCAGCCGCGGAUCUGCCGGGCUGGGACCCCCGCCUUCGCCUGGGGUUCCACGGGAGGGGGCUGCCCUUGCCGGGCAGCGGGCCGAAGCUUGGCCGGGAGCAACGCGAGCUCGCCCUCUGCCCACAGCGCCGUGGGGAAGACCUGCUUGCUGAUCAGCUACACGACCAACGCCUUCCCGGGAGAGUACAUCCCCACCGUUUUCGACAACUACUCUGCGAAUGUGAUGGUGGACGGGAAGCCGGUCAACCUGGGGCUGUGGGACACGGCCGGGCAGGAGGACUACGACCGGCUGAGGCCGCUGUCCUAUCCCCAAACUGGCCCCCUCACCUUUUCUCCUAAGGAUGUCUUUCUGAUCUGCUUCUCCCUGGUGAGCCCGGCGUCCUUUGAGAACGUUCGAGCCAAGUGGUACCCUGAGGUGCGACACCACUGCCCCCACACGCCCAUCCUCCUGGUGGGCACCAAGCUGGACCUCCGUGAUGACAAGGACACCAUUGAGCGGCUGCGGGACAAGAAGCUGGCGCCCAUCACCUACCCCCAGGGCCUGGCUAUGGCCCGGGAGAUCGGCUCUGUCAAGUACCUGGAGUGCUCGGCCCUCACUCAGCGGGGCCUGAAGACGGUGUUUGACGAGGCCAUCCGCGCUGUGCUCUGCCCGCCGCCCGUGAAGAAGCCAGGCAAGAAGUGCACGGUCUUCUAGAGCCUUCUAGAGCCUGCCGCUGGAGGAGCGGCCCGCCCGGCCCGUGUUUGCUGUCGUGUUGAGAUGUUUGGUGUCCCUGAGUCUGCUGUGGGGGAGUGGUGUGGGUGGGGAGGGGGAAGAAGCAUGGGGACAGGGCUGGGGCCGCAGAGUCCCGUCUGCUCUGUCUUGGCCUUCUGGGCUAGGCUCCAGCUUUACCUGGCCCCCGCGGGAGGCUGGAAGGGAGCAGGGUCUCCCUCGGGCUGCAGGGGCGGGUCCAGGGCAGCCCCAGGAUGGGCUUCCUGAUGGGGGAGGUUGGGGGGAUGGGUCCGGUUCAUGCGCCCCAGGAUGGGGCAGCCCUUUCUUAUUUUAUACAAUAAACAUUCUCCACCAACA